CCCUCACUGGCGCUGACCCCUGUCCCUGCAGAGGGGCUGCUCUCGGGAAGGUGGCGCCGCCGGCUGGCCGGAGGCGGAAGCGAUGCAAGUCGCCGGCCGCUCAGCGCCCCGCGGGACGCAGUCCGACGCCUCCUUCCUGCCGCCCACUCGCCGUUGGGACCACGUCGCCGCUCUGCGCGGCGAAGAGAGCAGCGUCGAGCGGCACCAGCUUUUCUGCCAGGCCGGCGAGGUGGGCCGCCACAGCAGAUGGGUGGCUUCUUCCGCCGCCCCCUUCCUGCCUUCCUACCCCUCCUCCCCUCCACCGCCCCCCGCCUCCUCCGCUGCCUCCUCCCCCGCUGCCGAGGCCGUCGCCGCCUUCGCCACCCCCUCAGCUGCCUGCCUCCUUCUGGCGACCCCGUGGACCCACGCACGCUCCCGCGGCGGCUUUCCCGGACUCGCUAUGAGCGGCGGAGCUGCUCGCUUACCGCCGCCUCCUGCCCUCUGUCCACCGCCGCCGCCGUCCCUCCGCGGUCCGAGCCCUCCGGAGCCGGGAGCGCGCAUCCAGGGCCGGGGUAGCCCCGCCGGACACGGCACACCCCGCGCCGCCCUGGGCGCCAGAGCGCCACCACCAGGUAGCAUCGGUAUGUCCUUUCAAUGCCACUCAGUCCACCAAGAUCACAUUUGUAAUGACGACAGCGACAAGAGUGAAGACAGUCCUAGUCCCAAGCGACAACGCCUUUCCCAUUCAGUCUUCGACUAUACAGCAGCAUCACCAGCCCCAUCACCACCAAUGCGACCAUGGGAGAUGACAUCAAGUAGGCAGCCUCCCUUGGCUCGGCCCAAUCAACACCACUUCUCAGGGGAACGAUGCAACACUCCUGCACGAAACAGGAGGAGCCCUCCUGUUCGACGUCAGAGAACAAGGAGAGAUCGUUUGUCUAGACAUAAUUCCAUUAGCCAGGAUGAAAACUAUCAUCAUCUCUCCUAUGGACAGCAGCAAGCAAUAGAAGAGCCUCGAGCUUUUCACCCACCGAAUGUAUCUCCUCGUAUGUUGCACCCAGCUGGUCAUCCGCCACAGCAGAACGCAGUAAUGGUUGACAUUCAUGACCAGAUCCAUCAAGGCACAGUUCCUGUCUCAUACACAGUGACAACAGUGGCUCCACAUGGAAUACCACUUUGCACCAGCCAGCACAUCCCAGCCCGCACCACGCAGCAGGUCCCAGGGUGCUCAGUGGUUUUCAGUGAGCAGCAUCUUCCAGUUUGCAGUGUGCCUCCCCCAAUGCUUCAGGCGUGUUCAGUCCAGCACCUACCUGUACCAUAUGCAGCAUUUCCACCUCUCAUUUCCAGUGAUCCAUUCCUUUUGCAUCCUCCUCAUAUCUCUCCACAUCACCCUCCUCACUUGCCUCCUCCAGGACAAUUCGUUCCUUUCCAAGCACAGCAGUCACGGUCGCCACUUCAAAGGAUAGAAAAUGAAGUAGAACUACUUGGAGAGCAUCUUCCUGUGGGAGGUUUCACAUACCCUCCAUCAGCCCAUCCAGCAACGUUGCCUCCCUCAGCUCCUCUCCAGUUCUUAACCCAUGACCCUUUACACCAAGAAGUGUCAUUUGGCGUACCUUACCCACCUUUUAUGCCUCGAAGACUCACAGGGCGCAGCAGAUACCGCUCACAGCAGCCAAUACCGCCGCAUCCUUACCAUCCCAGCCUUUUACCUUACGUGCUAUCAAUGCUCCCAGUGCCACCUGCAGUUGGACCAGCUUUCAGCUUUGAGUUGGAUGUGGAAGAUGGAGAGGUAGAAAACUAUGAGGCACUGCUGAAUUUAGCAGAACGUCUGGGAGAAGCCAAACCACGAGGACUGACAAAGGCAGACAUUGAACAGCUUCCAUCCUACAGGUUCAAUGCAAACAACCAUCAGUCAGAACAGACACUGUGUGUGGUGUGCAUGUGUGAUUUUGAGUCAAGGCAGCUACUUAGAGUCUUACCCUGUAACCAUGAGUUCCAUGCCAAGUGUGUUGACAAAUGGCUGAAGGCCAAUCGUACCUGUCCAAUUUGUAGAGCUGAUGCUUCCGAAGUGCAUCGUGAUUCAGAAUGACCAGACUAAGAGCACAAACCUGUUUUGGGUGUUCAUGGUCACAUGUGUACAUGAACUAUCUAUUGAACUUUUACCCAUCUGGCUUCCAGCCUACCCUUUACACUAAAAGGUCAAUGGACCUUAGUUUGCACUGUGUGACUUAAUCAAUUAUAAAGCUUAUAACUAGUCUUCACAGUUACAGGAUUCUUAUACUAACAGUGUGAUUGGAACUCCAAAGAUACUUUUUUCCAGCUUCUUUGUGUGUGUGCACUAACAUUCCCUGGUUUUUGUGUGAUCAUUCCGAGUGUUGCUGCAAGAUUACUACCAUGGACGUGAUCUUUUAGCAUGUGCUUUUAUAUAAAAAGAAAAAAGAAAGGAAACAAAACAAAAAAAAAAGUGGUAGCUCCAAACAAUAUAGCAAUCUACCUUAUAUAGAGCCUUCAAGAUACUGUGAGUGGGGAUGAACAGUGUGAAUGUGUGUUCCCGUGCGAGAGGAUGUGAGAUGAAGUGGCUCAGCUGGUGGCUGAGUGUGUGCAUGGGUGCUUGAGGACCUAUCUACCAGCAUGUGCUGAGGAUGUGUGUGUGUGUGUGUAGUAAUAAUUAUGCUGCAAUGUAUAACCUUGCGUGUUAUUUAAGCAGUACUAGUACUGUAUACACUGGUUCCUUUCCUUGUGUUUGCAGUUGCACACUGAAUGCAACGAGUGCAGCAAUGACAGAACAGUUAGUAUUUCCCUCCACGAUGUACUUAGAGGUAUUGUAAGACCUUUCUGCCUACUCUUCGAACAGCUGUUAGGGCUUCUGUUGUACUGGAGGCUUUAAACGUGUCCUCUGGAACCACCUCGGGGGGUUUCAGCACGAUGUUAAGAUGCCUGAGUUUUUAAAUGGCUGAUUUACGAGCUGCUGUGCCAGUGCAGAGUUGCAGGAUCACAACAAUCAUUUAGCAAUAUUCAUAUUUUCAGUUGCUGAUAUCGGUGCUCUUCUGUUCCUCUUCUAAACCGUCCUAGCUGGUUUUGCCAGCUAGGUGCUUCUUCCAUGAAAGGAAGCAGAAGUGGCACCGAGGUUCUUUUGCAAAAAGCUCUUCACUUUUAGCCAUUGUGCUUCCUGGUAAGGACAUCAUCCUUCAGCCGAUACACGUUGGCUUUAAUCACACACGUUCUUUGUUGGUAUACAACUAGAACACUUGUAGAAGGUUACUAUUUUAUUCUGCAGCUUCAUGAAUAAAAUGAAUUUUUUAUUCUUUUCUCACAGAAGUAGAACUUCUGUUUUGGGUUUUUUUUUUUGCCAUUGCAUCACAAGAGAAGAUGGGUUUCUGGUCACUUACUGCAGAUUCAGUUGCCCUGAUGAUGCUUCUUGCUUUUUUUCCUUAUUUCAUGAUGGGUGUCCUAUGAAAAACAAACAAAGAGCUCACUUGUUUUCUGCAAUCAAGUUUCCAGAGCACUUCACUAGGGGAGGAAAUUGGAACAACUUCCAGAACAGUGCUCUGGAGCAGGAGCUGGCACCUUCUGUACAGGUGCUCUGAAUAAUGUUUUUAUUUGAGCUAUUGGGAGAGAAAAAAAAAAAAGCAGCUUAAUUUAUAACAUUCAGACUGUUAACAUCUUCAGUAUGUUGCAGCAAAAUCACAAUGUUUAGGCCUGCAUAUGUGGAUUUAUUCAAAGGAUGCACUUUUUGCAAGAAAAUGACUUCCCUUUUGUUCCUUGGGUUAUAGCAGCACAAGCGGCACAAUUAGCAACCCUGCUGCAGCUUGCUGCCAGUCUCGGCUUUGAGUUUUAUUCUUUAUCAUUUCUGAUACUUCUGCAUGAUGCUGCAUUUUAGUGUCAGUUAGAAUUUCAGACAGUGUUAAGUGCUCUGCAUUCUGAUUCCCCUCUUCGAAGAGUCUACAGAUGAGUCACAAGUCUUGGUGCAGACGAAAACAAAAGUACAGCUUUGCCCCACUUCAGAUGUUUUCAAAGUGAGUCUUUGCACACUUAGGAAUAACUUAAGUCAAUAAAAAGGCUGUUACAUCAGCUCCAAAAUCUUAAAAUCCCUCCUCUCUUCUCACAGUAACACCUAGCAGGUUAAAUUGCAUGUAACAAAGUUUAGGUGUUUGGGGUUGGUUUUAUUUUUAACACGAAUGAAAAUCAAGCUGUUUAAGAAGCAUAAUCCGAGUACGUCUUAACCAAACCUUAGCUCUUUUACCUAACUGCAAAAGAAAAAACUCUUGUGUGUACAGAUGCAAGCAGCACUGCCACGCUUGGCCUUCAGGUGGAAGCAUAGAAAGGGGAUCCUUUUUCUAAGCUAAAUGCAUAUGAAAAAGACAUGUUCUUCUGAAGCCAAGGGAAAACAGUGCUCUUGCUGGAAUUGGAGGAAUCCUGGUUUUUCCAAGAGAAAUCUUGGGGAAUUAUAUAUAUAUAUAUAUAUAUUUCUUCUUUUUUUUCCUCCAGUAAAACUCCCACGAGUUCAGUGGGAGGUCUAAGAGACGGAGGAUCUCGGCUGGUAAAAUCCUGACAUUAAUUGUUGCACUGUUACAGUUCAUCUCUUCCAAAAUGGUUCUUUUGUUUGCAUGGGACUCUUGCAGAUGUACGUGGACUUGCUUCCUGUGGUUAAGUGCGUACAGACAGCACACCUGUGUGUUCUGGAUCAGCUCAGGCAAGCUACAACCAAGUCCUCUCUGCUGGGGCUGUUAAGGGAGGAGUAUUCAUGUUCAGCUGUUAGAUGCCAUGUGUUAAGCACAUCUGUGUGUGUACUUUCCACAGCCUGCCACGGUGCCUGGCAGCACCUUAAUUCACCAAGAUGUUUUGUUCUGUUCCUUGGCUCCCUGCCAUCACCUGGCUCCUCAGAAAAACAGAAGACAACCUGCAGUAUGUUUGCUUUAUUAUAUUGGCACUGCUGGGUUUUUUGCAUAAACUGUCAACUUAAUUUCACAUUUUAGUCUGGAUAUCAAUGCCUGCAGAUAAUUCCAACGUCUCGUUUUGUGGCUUUCUUUAAACAAAAAGCAAUCAGAGCCUUUUGCCAUCUGCCAUUUUGUACAGGAUCUCUGAAUGUGAUUUUCAUGGCCGCUAAAAUAACAAUAAAUGUGAUAUUUGGGGAUGAGAUUUACCCAGCUUCUGAUUUGAGUUGCAGGAAACGACACUUCUCACCGAGUUAUCUCUGGGCCUUUGUAAAAGCUGUGGGUUUCUUUGUUCGUGGUUUGUUUGGUUUGUUUUUUUCCCCCUCCCACUCCCCCCCCCCCCCCCCCACCUCUGGUUUGUUGUUACCUCAUUUUGCUACUUGUUGUGUUUCAGAUUUGCUGAUGAUGAGAGCUUAUGGGUUUUGUUGGAAUCAUCCUUUGUCGAGUGCUUUCUUUAAACCACACACGCUUAUCGUAAACAUCUAACAUGUAGUUUUCAAUGUAUUAUAAAUAUCUGUAACCAAAUCAUUUGAAGGCUUGAUAAAAAUUUUUAACAGAAUUUGUACAUUUUUUAUGAGAGUUAACUAGUAAUGCUAGGUAGUGCAAUGGAUUUUUAUUUUUAAUCCCCACGCCCGAUUUUGGAGUCGAAAGGAGUUGUUCGGUAAUAAAUGUAUGAUGUACACUCA